GAAAGCUCUUACGAUGUGUAAGUGCGUCAGUGAUUUGUGAUAAAAUGCAAAUAAUGAUCUUUGUACGAAGAGAAACUUGGAAGAAUCGUUCGGUUUCAGUAAGAACGAAGAUCCGAUGAGGGAAACACGCUAAGAACGGUUUCUUUUAUCUGCGCGUUAUCUUGCAUGUGAUUUUUGAUACCAGUGAUGUUAUUUAAAACAGAUAAGAGAGGGAGAGAGAGGGAAAGAAAGAAAAAUGUGUGUAUGCGUGAGAUCAGUUUACAUCUGGUUUUUCAUGGAUUCGAUUUCAUCACCCGCUGCAAAUAAGCGGUUCACGACUUGCGCACUUUUCGAUAUACAUCUGUUGGAAACGAGAUUACGAGACGAUCUGUGCGGAAGUAAACGCAAACGAAAAUUUGUUACAAAACAUAAAUGGCUUUAUCGCUUGAUUUCUUCGCUGGAUUCUUGGGAGGAUGCGCCGGUAUUGUGGUGGGAUAUCCUUUGGACACGGUCAAGGUCCACAUGCAGACACAGAACUGUCGCAAUCCGAAAUAUCGGGGAACCUUGGAUUGUUUCCGUUCCAUACUUGCGAAGGAAUCGGUGAGCGGUCUUUACAAAGGCAUGUCCUCGCCGAUCGCGGGGGUGGCUGUGGUGAACGCCAUUGUCUUCGGCAUCUACGGACAUACUCAGCGGCACCUGUCCGAGCCCGAUCGAUUGUCGGCAUGUUUUUUGGCGGGCGCGUCCGCCGGACUCGCUCAGACUCCCGUCUCGAGUCCGAUCGAGUUGGCAAAGACGCGCAUGCAGCUCAUGCAAUCAUCGUCCCGGGAUAACUCUCACGGACCGUUGCGAUGCCUGAGAGACAUCUACAAGCGGGAGGGUUAUCGCGGUGUCUUUAGAGGACUGGGUGUCACGUUUCUCCGGGAAGGACCGAGUUACGGCGUCUACUUCGUAACCUAUGAGAUGCUGACGAAGACGUCGUCCUCGAAGCAGCCGAUUUCGACGGUUCAUAUGUUGUUUGCCGGUGGUCUCGCCGGUAGCGCCUCCUGGAUGAUCUCCUAUCCCGUCGACGUGAUCAAGUCGCGCAUACAGGCGGAGAGCAGCGGUCGUUACUCGGGAGCUCUGGAUUGCCUGAAGAAAUCCAUACAGGCUGAAGGAUACGGCUGUCUCUUCCGCGGUCUGAACUCGACGAUUCUCCGAGCGUUUCCGACAAACGCCGCGACCUUCGCCGUGGUCACCUGGACGUUCCGGUUGUUCGGCGAGCAACCGAGCGCGACGCCGAAGGAGGAGCCUUCGAUCGCGCUUACAUCGGCGCAGCCGAGCAAACAUCGCGCGACGAAAGGGUGCGAGAUUACUUGUAAUCUGCCGAGGGUACUUGCCUCGGAACUGGAUAGUACUUGAUCGAUACUUGCUCAUUUAUGACGAAAUUCUCUAGAAUGUGAUAAAUUAGUGCAAUCAAGUGUGAUUAAAAAAAAAGAGAAACAAUUUAAAAAUAAAUAAUUAAAUUUUA